AUGACUGAGCAAUUUAUCCCACCAGGUUUUAUAUUUCUUAAAAACCUAAACAGUGGAUUUCUCGGCCCAAGUUAUUUGUUGAAAAAAGAGGAUACCGGUGUUAACUUUAUUUGCAAAAGCUUUCUCAAAUCAUCAAUUGGAGAUGAAGCAGAUGUUGAUAAUUUCAUUCAAAUUAUUCGAAUGACAAGAAAGGUUAAAGAAUCCUGCUUCCUUCCUUAUCAUUAUUACUACGAUGAAGAAAAAUACAUUUAUGCCUUGCGUCCAUUUUUCGAGGGACUCGAUCUCGCAUCAUAUAUCACAAACUGUUCGACUAAUAUCAACGUUGCUACUGCUCAAUGGAAAGUUCUUGUUCGUCUUUAUCGGCAUUUACAUAAAAGAAAAAUUACACCUAUAUUCAUUAAACCGAGUAACGUUUUCAUGGAAAACGGAACUAUUGCAUUCAUUACAGAUAUUUACCCGCCACCACGUCAAUUCAAUGCUACAUUGCAUCGCACAAAUCCACUCGAAGUUGGUUUUUUAGCUCCAGAAUAUCUUAGUGAAGGGAUGUUUCCUGGUCAAAAGUCAGAUAUGUGGAGUCUUGGUGUUCUCUUGUGGUUUAUGGUUACAAAGCAACUUCCUUGGAGUAUGAAUAAUGUUGUGGUCAUGCUAAAAACAAUUCAAACUGGAGGACCAAUCAACUUUGGUAUUUUACCUCCAGAAAUUCGCGAUAUUGCUGCAUCUUUGCUUGUUUUAUCACCCGAGAAAAGGAUUGACACCGAACAAAUAGUUCACAAUCGUGCAAAUACCUUGGUAAGUACUCACUCAUGUGAGGACCAUCGUACUCCUAUGAAAACAAUUAUAGAUUCAAUUGUCAAACCGUUGAGAACAAAUACUCCUUCUCCAAGACUUGCUAAUUUAGUUAAUGUUAGACGCAGGGCUCCAUCAGAUGCUGCCGCAAUUCCGCCACGAAGAAUGUCUACAUCCGAGAACCCUUUAACAAUGCUUCCUCCAUUGCUUGGAGAAAAGAAGCCUAAUCCUUUGGCUGGUUUGUUGCCUUCUAAUAUGGUUAGAGUUGCAGGACAAGGAAAUAGAAGAGGUUCGUUCCAUCAAUUGAUGAAAGUUAAUUUUUAA